AUGAAUGUAAAUGAUCAGGGUCGACUAUCGCUGCUUUCGAUGAAGCAAAGCCUACCACCAGACUUGCCGAUCACUGUCAAGGGUACCACCAUCCUCCCCGUCAUCCAGGCUCCCAACCUGGGUGCCAUCCCCCACCCCAUCGUCGUCAUUCUCUUUCCAGGGGAACACUUCAUUACUUUUUUGUGUUGUAGUAGACUAAAGUCCAGUCCCUUACUUCUUGGCCUGGGGGGCCUUGUGUUUCAGAUUACUUUCUAUGAUGAUAAGAACUUCCAAGGUCACCACUAUGAGUGUGACAGUGACUGUGCCGAUUUCCACACCUAUUUGAGUUGCUGCAAUUCCAUCCGGGUGGCCGGCGGGGCCUGGGUGGUUUAUGAGAGGCCCAACUUUGCAGGGAACAUGUACAUCCUAACUCAGGGUGAAUACCCUGAUUACCACCACUGGAGGGGGCUCAAUGACCGGCUGAGCUCCUGCAAGGUGAUCCAUCUGUCAAGUGGAGGCCAAUACAAGCUUCAGAUCUUUGAGAGGGGAGACUUCAGUGGCCAGAUGUAUGAGACCACCGAGGACUGCCCUUCCGUCAUGGAACAGUUCCACAUCCGUGAGAUCCAGUCCUGUAAGGUCCUGGAUGGGGUCUGGGUCUUCUAUGAGCAGCCCAACUACCAUGGCAGACAGUACUUCUUGGACAAGAAGGAGUAUAGGAAGCCUGUGGACUGGGGCUCCCCAUGCUCAGCUGUUCAGUCAUUCCGCCGUAUCGUGGAGUGAUGGAGGGUGCUUGUGGGUUUAGACCUGAGGCUAGAUGCCACUGGUCUGGUGGGUAGAACCACAACUGUAAA